CUUUUGUAACACUUCCAGUUAAUUAUUAAUAUUAAUACAGUUUUGGUUAGUUUGCAAUUUUUGAUUACUUCAAAUAUAAUACCAUUGUAGAAGAAGAUUAAAUUAUAAAUGAGUCAUUCACCUAAAAGCUAAAUAGAAUAGAAUUAAGGUUUCGUUUAGAGAAAGGAUAAUUCUUCAUCUAUUUCUGGCUAAGAGGGAUAGUAUAAUUUAUAUAACAAUAACGCAUAAGGUACAGGAAAUAAUACAAAUGCAGCAAUUAGAGAAGAAUAAAAGCAAGCAGCGCUCCUUAGUGGAGAAUUUGAGAGUGUUUAUUAAGAAGCUAAAUUAAUGAUAAAAUAAAAACAAUAUAAGAAAGUGUUAAGCUUGCUGGAAUAAUACAGGCCUGAAAAGGGAUUUAGUGUUAGCUAAAAUAUUCUAGUUAACAGGAGAAUGAUAGUGAGUUCAAAUAAAAUUUUAAAACUUUAUUCACAUGAUGUAGAUGUUGAAAGCGAAGAUAAAAUAAUUCAAUUGAUUGAUAAAACUUAUCGACUUAUAAGUGAAAGCUACAGGUUUUUAAAUUUAUAUAUUUGCAAGAUAUUGCCAAAUAUGCUCAACGAUGCAUUUUUAAAUGAUGCUUCUCACUUAACAUCUGAUGAUGAAAAUGAUAGAUUUCCAAUAAAAAGAAUAAAAUCUACCUUUGAAUAGCUUCAUUCAUACCCAUAAUCUAUAACACAAAAGGAAAAAGAAGAAAAAGCAGCUGCAGCAGCAAAGAUUAAAGAAAAUAGUGAAGAUAAAAAAUAUUAACUAACGAACGAUAAAUAAAGCGCUCCAUUAACUGAUGUUAAAUUAUAUAAAAUGAUUAACGUCCUUUAUAAUAAACCUCUAAAAAUUGAUUAUGAGCUAGACUAAUAUAUAAUUCAGUUACUCUCAUUUUGUUUACGUGUUUCAAAUAUAUACAAGAGAAGCAUGAAAUUUAAGUUAGCUUUCUUUUAUUUGAAAGAAGCAAAUCGUAUCGUAGAUGAAGUUUCUACUUAUUAAAAUCCUGAAAUUAUUCACAUAUGUGCUAAGCUUAGACUCACAAUAGCUAAUUUUUAUUAUGAAGCUUCAAGAACUAAGAUAGCAAUUGAAUAUACUGAAAAUGCUCUAUUUUUAAUGCAGUUUGAAUACAGAUUAAGGAUAUGUGAUAAGUAACCGAAUUCUUAGAUAUCUAAGAAAGAAAAUGGAAGAUAAAUGAACUGUAUAAAGACUAUAAUUAUUGCUCUUAUAAAUCUCUGCUUAUUUUAUGAAUCAAUCUGUGACUAUAGAAGAUUGUAUGAAACUUCGUAGUUGGCUGAGUUUAUUUCACAAAAAUUCUUGAAAGGUAUCGAUGAAGUCAAGAAGUAUAUGGGGAAAAUUUUUUAAGAAAUUUGUAAACGCUAUGAAUAAUUUUUAACAGAGUUGGGAGAACUUGAUUUAAUUUGUAGAAAAAUACUUUGGAAAGAGGCAAAUCAACUUUUAAAUAAGUGGGAUGAAUAACAAGAUGAGUAGGACAUCUUUAACUAAAAGUUUAAUUAAAUUUUUUAUGAUAAAUUUAAAGUGAGAGAUCUGAAUUAAAAGUUAAAGAUAAACAUCAAAAAGCAUGAAAAGAAGCAUAUAACUAUUGAAUAAUUGGGGAAAAUUGAAGAGAAAAAGAAUAAAGAAGAUUAAAAUUAACAAAAAAAGUAGAAAAAUUUAUAAAAUUAAGCAAAUGCUAAUCCAAAUGAUUAAAUUUAAGAGGAUUUGAAUUAAAAUAAUUAAGAAUAUAAUUCGAAAAACUAUAAACUAUCUUCGAAUUAAGGAUAAUCACCUCCUAACAGAGAUAGUAAUUAACUAGGAUCAUGGAAUUAAUUUUAAUCUCAAAGCAUUAGUUUGCAAUCUAAGAUAUUAGUGAAUACUGAGAAUUCUGGUAAAAUUAGAUAGAAUACAGAUGAAAAGAAUAUUUAUGAUACAAAUGGUUUCAAGUCACCUAAAUCUGCUUCUAUUUAAUUCUAAAAUCUUGAUAAUAUAAAAGUAGUGGCUACUGACUAAGAUGAAAUUAAAUAAGAGACAGAAGAUUCUAAAAUGUAAGCUAAAGAUAACAAACAUUAAAGUUCUAUGUCUCAAAGUCAUUUUAACGAAAAGUAGACAAAUAUUUCAUAGUCAGAUGAAAAUGAAGAUGAUGAUAAAUCUCAAAUAAACAAAUCUUUCUUUGAUUUAGGAGCUGAUUUUUUUUUAAAUAAUGACUUGGAAGAACAGUGGAAAUUUUAAGUAAAGUAAAAUGUCUCCUAAUAAUAGGAAGUUAAUUCUGUUUAAAAUAAGUAAAUUAAUUAAAACCAAGAAAAAUAGCAGCAGCAAUCAUCUGCUAAAAAAUAUGUUGCAAUAGAUCCUCAUAAAUUAAAGAAAAAACCACCUGCUAUUAAGUAGCAUCCUCAGGAAUAUAAGUCUAAAGUCUUAACUUCAAAUGAUUAUUUUGAUCCGUAUGUCAGGUAAGUUACUCCUAAGAAAGCUCUUAAAACAAUAAUAGAAGAGAGUAUUGAAAAAUACUAAAAACUUUUAAGGUAUCCAAGAAACGCAUAAGAGUUUAAUGUGAAAUAUCUCGAAGAGCACAUAAAAAAUAUUGUUGUAGAUAAAGUUGAGCAAGAAAAUAUCAAAGACAUCAAAUAAGUUUACUAGCAUUUUGAAUUUCUUUUAGAUAGAGAUGAAAUGGAUAAAAAGAAAAUGGAAUUUGCAAGAAAAAUAGUCCAUCUAAAGAUAUUUAGAGACUUGAAUCCUAAGCUGAAGGAUUAAUAUAACGAUUUGUAUCUUGACCAUAAACUAGAGAUAGAAAGAAAUGGUGAAUUUUAAGUUUUAUUGGCUAAUACUAUUAGAGAAUUGGAUAAAAUUAAAUAAUUUAAAAAGGAAAGAAAUGUGGAUCUUGUCAUAGACAAGGGUCUUAAUGUAGAUUUAAAUGAUGAAAUGACUAAAGCCUUAGAAUCAAAAUUAUAAGAAAAAAAGAAGAAAAAGAACUUGAGAGAAGUCAUAUUCAAAUAUAAAGAUGAUUUUAUGUUUGCUAAAGCAAAAAAUUUGAAAACAGUUUUUUAGACAUAUUUAGGCUAUCUAAGAGAAAUAGAAAGAAAUGAGCGUAUAAAGAAAGAAUAGCAAGAAAGAGAUAAACACAAAGAAGAGGAGAUGAAAUAUAAUGAAUAGUAAAAAUAAAAUCUUAAUAAAUAGGAUAGUUAAGAACAAAUUCAGUACUAAACAUAAAAAUAAAAUAAUAAUAAUAAACAGUCUUAGCAAAAUUCUGAUUAGCAGAAUGCAUAGAUGUAUCACCAUAACCAUGGUAUCUAAGGAUCAUAAUCAUAAAUUUAGUUUUCUAUGCAACAUAUCAACCAAACACCAAAAUCGUCUUAAUCGAUUUUAAAAAAGCAUAACUCCAUUGUAAAUAACCAAGCUAAUAAAAAAAGUUUAUAUUAAAAUUAAGUCAACAAGAAUGAAAAGGUUUUAUAAUUUUAACAAGAUGAAGCUAAAAAGAAAGCUCAAGAGACUGAUAAAACUCUAAAAGUUAAAGCUUAGAGUUUAAAAGAAAUGAGGAAUAAAGACUUAAGGAUUAGAAGUGCGAUGGUAAGUCCUUCUUCACAUAACUAACAUAAAUAAAUAAGAGACAUAAUAGAUAAAUAUGAAGAUGAUGAAGAUUUAUAAAAACAUUUUUAGAUGGCUCCUUAAUUUAAAAAAAUAUAUAGAAACUCAUUGUAUGAUAUGAAUUUCUGCAAAUUUGAUAAGAAAUAAAUUUAAGAUGAAUUAGAAAGAUAAAGGAAGGCUUAGGAAGAAAGAUAAAAAUAUUAAAAAGAAAUGGAGAAUAUGAUGAUGUAUUAUGGCUCUUCCAAUAUGUAAGAGCCAGAAGAGCCAUCUUACUUCAAGGGUACAAAUAUUGAGGAAUUUUCGAAAACUUUGAAAGAUGGCAAUUUCACUAGAAAUGAAUAACGUAAAAAACUACAAUUAGAAGAAUUAAAAAAAAGAGAAUAGAUUUUAUACUAGAGAUAUUUAUAACAGCUUUAAUAUUACAGCAAAGCUCAAAACAAAAUCAUCACUCCUAGCCCUGAUCCCUUACCUGUAUAAACAAAAUAAAAAAGUCAUGUAAAAAAAAACUAAGAAAUUAUGCACUAAUUCUAAACAGCCACAUAAACUCCAAAAGAUUAACCUUCAUUACCAUAUUAUUACGAUUUCUAAAGAUAAAGACAGUAAUAAAGCUAGGAACUAUUUAAGAAAUAAUCAAACAAAGUUAUUAAAAUAGUUGCUGCUGAGGUAGAAAGCAAUCUUCGUGAAACUAGUGAAGAAUAUUUUUAAAUUAAGUAUAAAAUAGAGAAGAAUAAAGAAUAUAUAGAAGAUUAAAACUUUGGCAGAUAACUUGCUUCUUAAUACUGUCAGUUAAAGCAGAGCACAUUCUAACCAAGUGAUUUAUUUAUACAACCUGAAAAGCCUAAAAAUUUAAUAGAUAUUACAAAAUUAAAGAUGAAAUUAAUGGAAUAAAAAAAGAAUGAAAAAUAAUGA